AUGGCCUCGUCGGAUCCUCCGGCUCAGCCACAGGAGGCCCUUUCAACUGUCCGUCGAAGCUUAUUGUACACGGCUUUGGGACUGGCAGUUUUUUGCCAGGCUCUGGAUAACACCAUCAUCGCGACGGCGAUUCCGCGAAUCACAGAUGAGUUUCAAUCUCUCAACGAUGUUGGUUGGUGGGUGUACGGUGCUGGAUACCUGGUAGCUUGUUGUGCUUUGCAGCUCUCCUUCGGCAAGCUCUACAACCUCUUCCCGACCAAAUGGGUCUUCCUUUCCUCCCUGGGUGUGUUCGAGCUCGGGAGUCUGGUAUGCGCCGUGACUCCCAGCUCGAUCGGUCUGAUCAUGGGUCGAGUCAUCGCCGGCGCAGGGUCGGGCGGAAUUUUUGCUGGAGCAAUCCUCACCAUCGCUGCCACGACGCCGCUCGCGCAACGGUCCAUCUACAAUGGAAUGCUCGGAGCCAUCUAUGCCCUGGCAAGCAUCGUAGGACCGUUGAUGGGCGGCGCAUUCACAGCUCUUGUUACCUGGCGCCUCUGCUUCUACAUUAAUCUGCCCAUCGGGUUCUUCACGGCUAUAUGUGUCUUCAUCUUCCUCGACACGAAAGUGGGCCACAAGCCCGAAUUUGACCUUCGACUUGGCGAGAAGCUGAAGCAAUUCGACCUUCUGGGAAUGGCGGCUUUCAUCCCGUUCAUCGUGUGCCUGUUGCUUGCUUUACAAUGGGGUGGCUCGACAUUUCCCUGGUCGGACGGACGCAUCAUCGCUCUCUUGGUCCUCGCGGGCGUGCUGCUGAUUGCCUUUGCGGUGAUCGAGAUCCGGCAAGGAGACAAGGCCACAGUGCCGCCCAGCGUCGCUCGGAAUCGCACAGUCUGGUCAAGUGCGCUAUACAUGUUUUUGCUUUUUGGCUCCUACAUCGCUAUUAUUUACUACUUGCCGAUCUGGUUGCAGGCCAUCCUCGCCCUCUCGCCAGUCCAAAGCGGCAUCGAUCUUCUUCCAUUGAUUCUCCCGACGGUGGUAUUUGCCAUCAUUGCAGGAGGCCUGGUGGCAUGGACUGGCUAUUACACGUGGACUUGUAUCCUCUCCAGUAUACUGGCAACAGCGGGGGCCGCACUUCUCUCGACUCUACAACCCUCAACGAGCAUGCCGCGAUGGAUCGGAUACCAGAUUCUUUAUGGUGUCGGAGCAGGAUUGGGACUCCAACAACCUCUAGUCGCGAUUCAAACAGCCCUCCCCGAGGCACGGAUUUCCGAAGGCACUGCCAUUCUCGUCUUCAUGCAGAACUUUGGCGGCGCCGUGGUUUUGGCCAUUGCACAGAGCAUCUUCAACAACACCCUGGUCCGGAACGUGCGCGCCCAGAACGUUCCCGUAGACGCCAACUUGCUUCUGACUCAGGGCGCCACUCGUCUCACCUCCAAUGUGCCUGCAGAGUAUCUCCCACAGAUCCGGCAGGCUUACAACGAUAGCAUCGAUCAGACAUUCUAUGUUGCGCUCGCAACUGCCGCGCUCAGCCUGGCUGGUAGUGCCGCAAUGCCUUGGUUGUCCGUCAAGCAUAAGAAAAGCGAGCCGGAGCCGGCUGCGGCGAAGGACAGUGGGGAUGAGGAGAAACGCGUCCCGUCAACGUCCAAGAGCUUAGACUAG